CAUACGAAAGUCUACAGCAAGUAAGAACAAGAAAUGAGAUGAUUUAUUUAUUUGUUAUAUUUGCAUGCUGAGUACUUUGUUACUAAAAACCAAAUAUAUCACAAAAACAAAUCUCACGAAAAAAUCAAACUUGAAUUGCAAAUUGAUUUCAGAACAUUUUCACUGGAAACCUAUUUCUUAAUAAUUUUAUGAGAGCGCAGCUGGAAAAAGUUUUAUUGCGAGAGAAACUAAACUAAUGAAGUGUUGAGAAGAAGGCAGCCAUCAUUACCUUAUUCUACUAAAGUGACAUCUUCACAGAUAUAUCAUGACAGAAGUGAGAAAGGCCGCUGACUAUUUCGUGCAUGGAAAAAAACUGUUUGUCGAUUUUGUGGAAAAAGAACAAGGUGUAUUUCCCACAAUGUUUCCGCGGGUUCCCUGUCAGCAAUACAUUGACAGAGCGCCAGAGCAAGGUUUUCCUGCAGCGGAAACUCAAAUUAAUGACAAAUUUCAGCAGGAUAACUAUGAGUCAGAGGUGAUGGUCUUUAGAGCUCUUGAACGACUGAAAGGUCAAAAUUUGUUAGUUUUACAUAGCGUAAAGUACACUCAUUUUCAAUACAGGAUGUGGGAAAUUGACCAUAACCCCAAGAAAUGCACCAUAUGUCAACGCACUCCCAAAUGCGACGAAGGUGAAAAUGAUUUCAUUGUAAUUGGACCUAACUACAUUGUGCUUAUUGAAGUCAAAAAUCCCAACGAAGAUCUGACAUAUCAGAAGGAGUUACUACACAAAGCAGAGGUUCAACUGAAAAAAUCAGUGUCAAUAAUUGAAGGCAUGCUAAGAAAAAGUGACGAUUCUUUGAUUUCGGAAAAUGUUUCUUUUCAUGUUCUUCGUUUUGUUGCAUUUCCUUGCUGCGAUUCUAGCACUCAUGAAAAGGGGGACAUUCCUAUUUUAUGCGCACCUGAAUUGGAAGACAUCGAAAAAUGGUGGGAGUCAAAUAUCAUAGAGCAAACAAAAAAAGCUGAAACAAACUACAAAGGCAACUUCAAUGAAGUGAAGCACGCGCUUCUGACUUUAUGGGCGACAGAGCAUACGAUCAUUAAAAAAUCGCGAAUGCAGAUCUCAAAAGUCAUUAAGGACACUGACGAAAAGCUUCGCGAAGGCCAUAUUACGUUUUUUAGAAAUUACGGCAGUAAUCCAAACAUUGAUAAAACAGCUGGAAUUGAAACCGCCGAAAUUAAUGGAAUCAAUAUUUUUAAAGUUCUUAAUAUUGAGUUCAUAACGAAAGCACAACGUGGCAUUUUUGAAUUAAAAGUUCCAAAACUCGUCAUAACAGGUUGCGUUGGAUCUGGCAAAAGUUUACUUCUGAUGGCUAGAUUAUUGCAUAGAAAACUAACGCAAGUAAAUUCAAAAAUGGCUCUUCUGGUUUUCAACCAAUUAAAAUUAGUCGAAUACGUGCAAAUCUUCAAGGACGCGAAGAUAGAAGUAACUGACGUAAGUGAAAUGGGUUUCAAUCCAGAAAAAUUGCAGACCAGCGUGGUCAUAAUUCACUGCAGCACUAUUGAAGGAGUUUCACAGAUUACUGAUCUGAUUAAGAAGUUACCUGAAGAUUUUAUUGUAUACAUUGAUGAUGCUCAUGCUUCAAGCACUAAUUUCUCAACUCUUAAUUGGGAGUCGUUAGCAGUUGACCUAAAUCAAAGUCAUUUGACCCGCGAAGGAGCUCCAAACUGGAACCUCGACAAUUUGGAGGUCGGAAAGUUGACAGAUAACUACCGUAGUACUCAUGAAAUAGUGUCUUAUCUCGAGGAGCUCUCAGUAUUUAUCAACAAUAAAGAUGAAACUCAAAAAAACUUGAUAAACUCCCCACUCGGACUCAUCCAUCAUCCUAGCAUUGGCCAUUUGAUUCACGGACCGCUGCUUUCAAUUGAUGUCUGGCGAAUCCAGGAUUCGAGAGAAAUUCCGCAACUACUGAAGUCUCUCGUCGGGAAGUUUUACGUAGUAACCUCACGUUUCGGCGAAGAAGGCGUUACAUGCAAAUGCAUUAUUCUAGCUCCACCAGGCGAUCCCGAUGGAAUCUUGAAGUCUUUCGGUAGAAAUGAGUUCAACAGUCAUUUUUGUGUUGUAGUCGAUCCUAACGAACAAAACAUUUACUCCACAGAGUUUGCAGCAUGUCUAAUACUUCUCCAAUUCUCCAACCUGAACACCAGAACUUUGAGGUUGCUGUUCAAUGUUCUCUCGAGGGCCAGAGUGUUUUGUCACAUCAAGAUUAUAGUAAAAGAAUUUGAAGGAAAUGAUAUUCAAAUUGACGAACUCAAAACACUCCUAAGCAUUUUUAAAGGUGCAAAAGUGAGCGAUCAAAAGUACAUCAAACAAUAACGGAUUUUCAGAUCAACUUUAUGUUGCUAACGUCAUCUCACUCAGAACUCGUGACUCUUUAAUUGUUCAGGAUGCUCACCCCAACCCUUUAAUUGUUAUCUACUUUCAGAUAACCCGCAAUAAAUGUAUUCAAUGAAAACAGUUAAAUUUAAUGACUUAUCUUGU